UUUUUUACUUAUAGAACUUUUCGAACAAAGUACACGGACUGUGUUCAGUUACAUGCGAGUUACGGGUGUAAGAAGUUCGUCUUAAAUAUGGAGACGACACGUGUAAACGAUGUAGGACCACUAAACUAAAUGUCGUCAAGGAAGUGAAUGUCCUGGUUGUUUACUGGCUUUUAAUUAACUCAUCUAAUUGUAAUUAUAGUGAAGUAUAGACCGAAGUUAAUUAAUAAAGAUAACACCGUUUUCGCAAUAAUUAGUUUACCAAGUUAACUCGUCCUACUUUGUGUCAUAAUACUUUGAGAGGGAGUGAUUUGGCAACAAAAGUCAGCCAAGGCUCGGUUCACUCGGGACGAAUUCAUAAAUCAUAAAAUGAGUUUUGGCAGCAUUCGGGCUAGAUGAUAGAAACAAUCCAUUUUUUUCCCCACUUUAUCCCCCAACGUCUUGACAUUUUAGGUGCGGCUAAGUAUGACGAGUUUCUUGCCACUUAAGGAUGGGAGAAAGCCACUACCAUCUUGAUUGUUUUCCAUCCUUCUCUCGUGAAUAAUUCAUUAGCUGUAUUUCCGUUUAAUUAUAUACAUUUUUCUAAUGUCGCUCCUUAAUAGAGCACGCUUAAACGGUAUACAAUUUCCUACUCGAACCGACUUUGUACCGGAGACUGCGAAAGUUCGCAGAUACUUUUCGAUGUGUUUACAAAAGGUGGGGUUCCAGAGAAAGUAAUGCCGAAUUCUAUUUUAGGUGGGAGGUCAAAUGCUGGCUGGUUAGUACGGUGGGCCCUCACUCGGGUAAAAGACUCCUAUCGAGGGGCCCCACCCGGCUUAGUAGGUGGGCCUCGAGUCAUAGUCUUAUUAACUUAGAUGCGAUCCCGAAUUAUGGUAGGUUAUUUCCUUUGUCACAUUCUUCUAGUAAAUCUUCAUUUAACAUACUGUACUGUACAUAAACGACAGACAAAUCUGCUGGCAUUAUUCGAGUAACCUUCGAAACCAGCUGGGAUUAAAGUACAACACUCGGAUAUAUUUACAACAUAUGGAAUGCCUUAUCGACAUUCGGCAUCACAUAACAUCCAGUAAGUUACAGGAAGCAGCUCGGAACAGAAAUAGCCCUUAACAAUAGAGAGGAUAAGUAAACUCUGUUGAUGUGGAACCCGCCUUUAUUCGAAAACUGUUUCAGUUAUAAAUAUUUAGUUCAACUAGUUUUUAUGCCAGUUGGCUAGUGUACAACUCCCAUUAAACCCAUAAGUUUUUAAAUAGUCAGGAUUAGGAGGCCCGGUGCAAAUGCCACCAUUAUGUUGGAACAUUUUUGGCACAAAUGAACCGAUUUGUUUACUAGAACUACAACUCGAGAGCUCUCCUCUCCGUAUAAAAACGUCAUCUCGUCAUUGAUUCGUAGUGGAAAACGGCACCUCGGACCACCCCUCCGGUGGUCCAACAGAGGUCACCGUGGGAGGCAUCCGACCCAACCCAUCGUCAUCGGGACUUUGCAGAGCCGCCUUCAAUGUCCGGCCGGCCAUUGGAGGGUGGACCUGCAUUUGCGAUGAUUGGUAGCGUGUCAAGUACAAAAAAAGCAAUUCCGUACGGCGAAAAUAAUCGAUGUCACGCUUUUAUUAUUUUUCCUAAUCUAGUUUACACGCCUUCGAAGUAUGCGAAUUUAAUCCGCGAUUUUGGACAAAUAGGAGCAAAAAGACGUUAAACACUCCACAGAAGCGCUUGUUACGAGUGAUCGACCCCAUAUUAAUGUGGAAAAAAAUCGCAUCGAGGUUACAUUCCGCGCGACUCAUCCUUCAAGAUGACAUUUCUGUCAGAGUUAAUUAACAUCCCAGAACCAGUCAAUAAGGCGAGCCUUUGCGUCCUUCAACCUGUUUUCGACGUGUCCUUUUUGCACAAAACAGUCGUGUCUAUUUUAAAAAUCUAGUCCCCCCUUUUUUUUUGCAGGAAGUUACACUGAGAUUAGAAGGAGCAAUAUUCCUAAUUUCCAUAUUGGUGUUUAUCGUCUAUUGUUUAGAGUCCAUCGAACAAUUACUUUGCAGUUGUAGGAAAAACAAUUCCCCUCGGUAAUUCAUUGUGUUGUCAAUUACGACGAAGCACUCUCGCUGCGCUGUAUUGAAGUGAAAGCUCGUCCGUACCGCUACCACCUCGUCUGACAGGUUGCCUCUCUCUCCCAAUGUUGCAGGUUUUGAUAAAGAGAUCCGAAUAAAGGAUGUUGUGUUUACGAGGGCGACCAACGAGGUCCCUUGUUUUAAGGGUCUCGAUGCAAUAGCCAAACGAGGAUCGUUGUUAGGACAUACAGCUUCGUACCCGUCGACGGUAAAGAACGUCGCUGCUAAGGGUACAUCCGUCGAUAUUUCGUCCAGUCUUCUUAAUAUGUACGAUCUCAUCGCCGCUAGUUCUAAGAGCGAAAAGAACGAGGAGACGAGAAAGAUCCCGCGAAUUAACAUCCUGGAAGUGGACGAUGGACACAAGAAACGUCCUCUCAGCUCGAGUUCUGUUUCGUCGUCGUCUUCUUCUUCUUCUUCUCUUCCACGUAGUGGACCGGAAAGUAAAAAAUUAAGUUAUCUAGCGAGUAUAGAAAGUUUAGACGACGAAUUGAGCGAAGACGGAACACGUAACAUGACCGAAAAUUUAAGUAGUGAUAACAUACAAAAUUUGAGCCAAACGGAUCGAGUUCUUUUAGAAAUUGUCGAUUCCGAAAGGAUGUACGUCAGGGAUCUUCGCGUGAUCAUAGAGGGCUACUUGAAACACAUAAGCGAACAAGAGGGUAAACUCAGCAAACAAAGCUUAAAAGACCUGUUCAAUAACAUAGAAGAUAUUUAUAAAUUCAACAGCUCAUUUCUGGAAGAACUGGAAAUGUGCGGGUUGGAUCCGGUUGCUAUUGCAAGAUGUUUUGUCAAAAAUAGCUUUGGAUUUGCUGUUUAUACACAAUACUGCACUAAUUAUCCGAGGACAGUCUCGGUGUUGACUGAAUUGAUGAGGAAUACAGAAACAGCAGAGAUAUUUAAGGAACGACAAAAUGCUCUUCAUCACGUCCUACCAUUGGGUUCGUAUCUGUUGAAACCCGUUCAGAGGAUACUCAAGUAUCAUUUGCUUCUAGAGAAUAUUGUAAAACAUUCUGAUAAAGACAAUGAGGGUUAUCCAGAUAUCAAAAAUGCACUCUCUGUAAUGACAGGUAUAGCAUUUCAUAUUAAUGAUAUGAAAAAAAGGCAUGAGAAUGCUAUACGUGUGCAAGAAAUUCAAAGUUUAUUAUAUGGUUGGGAGGGUGAAGAUCUUACAACUUAUGGGGAGUUGGUGGGCGAAGGAGCUUUCCGUAUGUUUCGCGCAAAGGCGCUCCGCAACCUCUUUCUAUUCGACAAAAUGCUAUUGAUUUCAAAAAAGAGGGAAGAUGGAAUUUUAUGCUAUAAAACACACAUAAUGUGUUCAAACUUAAUGCUGAUUGAAAGUAUCCAAGGAGAACCAUUAUGCUUCCAUGUUAUCCCAUUUGAUAAUCCUAGAUACCAGUAUACAUUUCAGGCUCGGAAUGUCGAACAGAAACGUGAAUGGUGCUUGCAGUUGAAGAGAGUCAUCUUGGAAAAUUAUAAUGUGGUUAUACCUUUGCAUGCUCGCCAAUUAGUCAUGGAAUUAGGUCAGGGAAGACAAAAUGAUGAUUCCCAAAUGGAAAAAACUUCUUCUAAGAAACAGUUAUCGGCCCCUGAAUAUUUGGAAAAACGGAAACAAGAAAGAAGAAAGUCAGAAAGCAGUCUGAAAGCUUUCCGGAUAAAGAAAAAUGUUAAGAAGAAUGAAAUUAGCAGUAUCCCAAAAACAUCACCAAGAGAAUCAAGAAAUCAAAGGAUGAGAAGUAUCAGCCAAGACAAUUCGUCAGAUAGCAGACUGGGUUCCGGAAGGUGGCGACGAGCGAGCGUCGACGUUCUGCCGACAACCAGAACUUUUCCUCCCGACGGACAGAAACAUGCCUUGGUGCAAUCGACUCGACAGAGCACCAAAUCUGAAAAGUAUUUGGGUUUAUCAUUUAUGCCAUCUAAAUCUUCUAAACACAGACAACUCAAGCCUUGUUCAUUUGGUGACAUACCUGGUAGAAUAAGAGACGAAGGGACGGAGACGCCAACCACCUCUGCAAAGCGUGAGAAACAACCAAAACCCAUGUGGAAAUUUCUGAAAAAUUUUGCCGAGGAAACUACGGAUACAGAAAACGAAGAUUAUUUAGACAGAAGGUGUAACAGAUUUCAAACAGAUGAUAUGACAGGCCAGUCUGACGAUGAAUCUGAAGAUUUUUCGGGAGAAUAUGUCACUUUUUAUCUAGCUAAUUCUCAUGCUUGGAGAAAUGAACGUCCGUCAAGAGACAGAGACAGAGUACAGAAUAAUAAUGAACUAUCUGAAGAUGACAGAAUAGAGAAAACUGAAUGCAGAUCCAAUGCCAAUCAGAAAUCUUACAAUGAUAAAAGUGGUAGUAAUAUAUCCGAAUUAGAUAAAUUAGCAAAUUAUGAUAAUUUAAUCGACCUGUGGACGAGACUGGGAACAAUAGAUCUUCAAGAUUAUUCGUCACAAAAGUUAUCAGUAGAUUUAACAGAAAACGGUACCAUUCGGAGGACGCAAUCUUUUACGGAAACUGUUCCAAUCAAAUCACCCUUGCUGCAUCACAGUACUUCAUUUAGACAAUCUGGUUACCAAGAAAAUUUGCAUAUACCGCUACACAUUGUAGAACCAUCUCACUCCAAAACCAAAUAUCAGGGAUCAAAAUUCAAGAAAGAUGAUGAUGGUAAGAGCAAGAAUACUAAAUCUAGUUGGUUGUCUUUAAAUUUUAAUAAAUCCAAUGCAAAAUCACAUGGUAACGAUCAGCCCCGAGUAUAUAAUUCAUUCGUUACAGCAGAUUCGAAGCCACAACCCAUGCAGAUGGAUUUUGUCAAUGAUUUAGAAAAAUAUAUGGAAAAUUCAGUUAAAAAUAAUCAAAACUUGUUUAAUUUUCCAGUUAAUGAUCAUGAUACUGCCACAAGUUGUUAUACUACACCCGCAAUGAGCAUGGAAAACAUUCAUCAUCCCGAUCACAGAAUAUAUAAAGAGCCAAAAUGCAAUUCAUUUAAAGAGUUAUCAUCCAAAAGUAAUGUUCCUUUACAGUCGGCAGAAGGAGAUGACGAUGAAUACUGCAUGUUGUCGUAUGAUUAUAGCAUAGAACCUAUUACACGACCCGAAAGCAAUUGCAGUAUUCCCACGUCAACAAAAUCAGAAAACGAACAGUCCAAAACAUCUUCAAAUAAGUUAGUUAAUUCGUUAGUUAAAGCUUAUGCAAACGUAAAGCAGAAAAAACGGGAAAAAAACAGAAGUCUUUCUCCCAAUCUGCUAUGGAAUUAUCAAGUUCCACUCUCUUACAGUAAUACAGUGGGUGCACGCAUUGCUCAGCCUUGUGAAACAGAAUAUUGUAUACCUCAAUCACUACUAUCUAAUGAUAAUAAACAUGAUUACGAAGAACUUCUUCCUGAAAAGAAGGAAGAAAAAUCAUUAAAGAGUGAACUGAGACCAGAUAGUGUAUUAUCUGAAUCUUCAAAUACUACAUCAUCAAGUGAUGGAGAGAAACAAAAAGUAUUUACCCAGACGAGAUCAUUUACGACAUCAAGAAAUGAUAAGAACGUUAACUUGGAGCAUGACGACACUCCAUCGGACAUGAGUGAUGCUUCCGGCGACAGUUACUAUGAACGCACAUUCGAAGCCUUUGAUAAUGGUUUAAACGAAGAUAUUUUUAGGGAUUCUGCUAUUUAUAGUGAUCCGGAUGAUGCCGAUAUUGGCAUAUUCGACUUAGAUCAGAAUAAAACUACCAUGUCUUCUGUAAAUUCAGAAAUUCCAUUAGCUUACUAUCAUAACUAUCAAUGCAAUUUUCAUACAAACAAAAACAACAUUAAUUCAUUUUCAUCUGAAAAAUCUAAAUUAUCAGAAAUUUAUGAUAUUCCAGUGAAAAGAAAAGUACCGCUGAAGAGUCUUUAUAUUUGUGAAAAUGAUUUGAGCGACGAAAUCAUUUCCUCGAAAAUGAAGGAUGUCAGCGAAACGUUCACUUCUAUAGAGAUUUUCUGUAAUGAAGAAAUAAAUAGUUUAGCCAAAUCAAAACUUCAGGAAGAAUUACAGAAAAAUAACAAUGUAACAAAUAUUGAAUCAGUGGAAGAUGUAACAAACAAAGAGCAAGUAACUGAAAAUGAAAGAGAAAUUGUUGAAGUAACUGCCGUUGCAGAAUGCAAAAAGAUGGACAAAGUCACAAACGACGAAAGUAAUUACUUAGAGUUAACUAAUGAGCAUUUAUCAAAACACGUAGAAUCAAAUACAGAAAAACCGAGUGAUAGACAAAACAGUUACGAAAUUAAAUUAUUCUCUUCCAUCAAAGAACUUGCAACCGAAAAUCUGGAUGAAAUGAUAACAUCUUACGAUAACUUGUCUGUGGACGAAUUAAAAAAAACAGAGCCAAGUAUCAAAACUUCAUCCGCAACAACUAUCUGUCAGUCUAUGGAAGUCGAAAGUGAUAAUUUGUGCCCCAUUAACAGAACCAUUAAGGAAAGAUUAAAGUGUCUAGAAAAAAAUGCCAAGUUUCAAAAACUCGAUAUUACCGACGUGCCAAUUGAAGGAUUAAAAAGUAUUCGACAGAGGUGUAAAGAGCUAGAGAUCUUAACUAAAAAAGAAACUUCACAUAAAGAGACGAGUUCUAUUUUUUGUGAUAAAGACCAGUUAAUAAACUCAAGUAAAGCCGAUGCGGAUGUUCCGGAGACGCCAAAAUUCAAAGGUUGGGUCAAGCACGUAGUUAACAAAUUACAAAACGAUAAUUGAUUAUUAUUAAAAUUCUUUAGAGCUCUUAAUUUUUAUGUCGUACAAAUCGUAAAUCUGCAAAAGAUUGUAAUAUAUGUAAAAUAUAAACAUUAAUUUCCCUCGUCUAGGUGCUUCGCAAACGUACUAAACCAGGCAUUUAAACCACAUCCUUAAAUAAAUUCCUUUUGUGAUAAGUGAUGCCACGUGGAACGAAAAUUUCUUCAAACGUAACUUCUAGUCACAUUUAUCCAAAAUUUAUUUUGGUAAAAGCUUGAAUAGUUACUUAGAAUCUUUUAACUUAUGUUUUGAAUAUAAAUUCGAGUUUUGUACCAUACAAUUCGCAUCUUUCGAAAGGUGUAAAAUAGUAUAUUGAACCAAUAUAUUGUGUACAUAUCAGUUGUAAUACAGCAAAUUUAUUAUUUGUAAAUAAGAACAAAUAUCUAAAUGUAAAAAAAAUUCUAUAUUUCUAAUAAAUUUUGUAUUUUCUAGUACAUAAUUUGUGUGCACAUAACUUUUGAAGCAAAUACCAAGGUAAAAAAGUUAAUCGGCUGAAACUAUCUGGAUAAAGGACUUGUGGUCCUAAGCCAGGGGUGGCCAACGGUUUUUGCCUCCAGGGCCGAAUUGGAAAGAAAACUUUUUUCACGGGCCGAACCAGAGGCUGCCCUAGGAAGAUUUUGAGGUGGUGCGAGAUCUCAUUGUGGUGU